CCCUGGCCAGCAUCCCCACUCGGGGCUCAAACCCCGCUGUGCCCUCAGGCUGCUCCCUCUCCCCAGCCGGGGAUGUCCUGUGGCAUCCUCAUCUUCCAAAGUUGCUGGAAACCCCAAGGCUGCACCUGGCCGGCUGUGAGCCCCCAGGGCUGGGGGCUGCGAGGUCAGCAGCCGGCUGUCCCUCACACGGCUCCUCCGGCCAAUGACUCAGCCAACAGCGGCGGCAUCCGCGGCAUCCACAGAUCCGACCCUGCUUGGCUCCACUUUCGUCCGGCACGGCUUCAAGCAACAAUGGUGUUGGCCUUGAGCAAACUUAACCAGAGCAGCAGGAUCACUCCACAUCCACCAGGGUUUGAUUUAGGCAGCGAGCGGGAUCAAAGUAGGAAGAGAGGAGGAGGGAGGGAGCGAAGUCGGGGGCCGUCACUUGCCCCCAGCCAGGGAGCUCAAAGUAUUUGGUGAAUACUUGCAUGCACCAAGGGCUGAAGGGGUUGUUGCUGGAAGCAGGUGGAUGUUACCAGCCCCAGAUCUCCACAGGUGGGUGCGAGCAUCCCACCUGCACCCCCUCGCAGCAGCUCUUGGUGCAGAGCAGCCCCAGGGAAAGCACCUACCCCCUUCUUGUCCAGUGGUCUAAGAAGGGCUGGUGAUGUCCCAUCUCACCUGAGAGUUUUGAUCUGCUCCUGGGGGCAUAUGGCUCUCAGUUCCUCGGGGCUGUCACCCCCAUCCCUGGGAUGACCCGUGAGCUGACCUGGGCUCAGCCCUUCCUCUGUGUUACUGGGAGACGUGAGCGGGCAGCAGCAGCCCUUGGCUGAGUGUGGACCUUGGCUUCCAGCGAUCAACAGGAAACGGGAGAUGGAUUUCUCGGCAAACUGGGCUUUCCAUAAACAGUCUGAGCGGCCGACCCGCGACGGCGGGAGCAGCGCAGAGCCAGGGCUGUGUUUUACAGCUGUUUAUCACAUUUUUCUGCUCGUUUCCUCCCCAGCUCAGCGGCUUGCUGUUCUUCUCCCGUGCACAAACCUGAACCAAGGCAAGCCCUGCUGGAUUGGCUGCUGCCAUUCCCAACCCAGUGCACUCAGGAUGCUCCUGCUGGAGAAGGAUCAGGGCAGGCAGCUUCCUGUGGAUCCUGCACCCUGCUCAGCCUGGGUACGAGGUGCCAGGGUCCCCUGCCAACCCUUUCCAAACCUUAAACCCAUCCUCUCUUUGCUUCCAAGCGUUUAACCCUGUUCUGAGGUGUUGGGGCUCUCUGCCCUGGGCCAGCCGUUAGUUAAUCAGACCUCACCACCACACAAGCCUCCAAUUUCUCGGCAAUCAGCACUUAAGAAAACACAAGCUGACCCCAAGAGGUGAGGAGGGAUGGGGUGGGGGGGUGUGUGCGUCAAGCUGGGCUCUCCUCCUGGUUCUCAUUAGCAGCAGCAAAUUCAGUGCCAUCCCUACUCCCCCAUCCCACGCCAGCAAGCUCAGCGGUUCUGGUCUUUCCCAGUGAUGGUUUGCUCAUCUCAACCAACCAUGAGAUGAGCGAUUCAGCUGUAAAGCAAUCUUCCAUCUGUCUGUCCAUCCCUUCUGGCAAGGCAGAGCUGCUCCAUGAGCACGAACCCUCUGCAACCCAUACCAGCAUCCCCGAGCAUUGAUCUUGACCUGAGAGGCAGCAUCGGGGGCUGCCCCUGUCCCCACGGGACAGCAGGGCUGUGUUUUGGGGUGGAGGAGGUCGGUGCGGGGCAGUAGGGUCAGUUGGCAGCACGGCCCCGUUUGCCAAGUAGAACAAAGGGGCUUUCUUUUGGCUCGGGCUCGGGGGGUGCAUGGCCCGUCUGGAAAUGAAGCUGCCUGCGUCAGAGGCAGACGGCGGCAGGACAGGGGGUUCUUCCAGAGGGCAGGAAAAUUGGCAGCAGUGGUGGGGCUGUGCUGGAGCCCCUGAGGAGCCGCAGCCAGGAUCUUGGCAGGGUGAGACCUGAGGACCCUUGUGCCCCCCGCCCCAGGGUGGCAGGAGGAUUCUGGGCACCCAGGGCUGAUGCACAGUCACCAUCCUCAUCCCAUGAUGCCACCACGAUGCCAGCGGUGUUGCCACUCCACGCCACAAGCCAAGCAACCCCCACCUUUGCAAAAUAUAUUUGUUUUGGCUUUGAAAGAUGUGAAAAUGCCCCACAGAAAGGUGAAAGGAGGCUCACAGGCAGUUGUUCAAGCAAAGAGUGAGAGACCUGGCAUGACACCAAUUUUGGCAGGUUGGUGUCUAUAGCAAGUGCCAGCUUCUGGCUCCUCCUCACCAGGUACAGCCAAAAUCUGCCCACAAAAGUCAACUGUGUGACCCAGUAAAACACAAGCAGCUCCAUGCAGCCGUACAGGCACUGCUGGCGCAGUCAUCCGUGCGUGUUUUGGCACCGAAAUGCACAUCCUAUUUCCACGUGAUGAAUGUGCAAGAAAAUAUGUUUGCCUGCAGAGCGGGGAUGUGGAUGGCGGGAGCAGGGCUGGCAAGGGAAGUGGGAUGCAUGGAUAUGGAGCUGGCCAAGGAGAAACGCUGCUUGGGAACAGGCGCGGCUGGACCGGGACUGCAGCUGGCAGGAGAGCUGUGGUCAGUAGAUGCUGCUCAUCUGCCUGCCUGGACAAGACAAAUUCCUGCAAAAUCCUGCUUGGCGACGUGUGUCCUCCAGGCAAAUCCCUGUGGUUGGGUCUCCAAAAGCUGCCCACUCCCACACCGUCGUGCCUGGUCCUCCUGCCUGCAAGUAGAGUAAAGCUAGGCUUAUGCCCAGCACGUGGCCGUCCUCGCUCUCGGAUGCUCCCACGCUCCCAGGGAUGCUGCCGGGGAGGAGCCAGUCCUCCAGUGAUGCAGAGUGGGUUUGAAAGGCCAUGGAGUGCAAAGGAGGGAAAGCAGCAAAGAUGCUGAAGACAACGCUCCGGCAGCCCUGCCUGCAAACCCAGCCCAGCUGCCUCCCGCCCGGCAAAGCUGUGCAAAACCCGUGUGUCUGUGGGGUGACUGAGGGGGACACCGAGGGGGACAGUGGCUGUUGGCAGGAGAGAGGGAGCAGAGGGGUACAGAUGUGCAGUCAGGUCUGGGACGUUCCUGCUUGUGAGCCAGUCAAACAGGAGGGAUGGUUGGGGCCAGCAGGAGGCAAGGGAAGCCAGAGCCACUGGCAGGAGCCUGGGGGGCUCAACGGGGAUACGCCAGGUCCCACAUUGGAUGGCAACAGCCUGGCCUCGGUGACUGAGCCCGCGGUCCCCGCAAAAUGCCCUGGCUCUGCCCCAGAGCUGCCCAUCCCAGCAGCCAGCCCCACGGCUGACCCCAGCCAGGAGUGGAAAGUGGUGAAGAUCCAACGGGUCCUCAUCAACCCCGUCGUGGAGCCAAGGAAAGCAGGUCUCUCCCGUAGCGCCAGCCUCUCUGAGAAGGAGCUGAAGGAGGCGAAGGCGCGGAGCCGGAGGAUCGCGGCACAGCUCACCACGGCCCCUGGCCCCAGCUCCAAGGGAGUUCUGCUUUUCAACCGCCGCAAGCAGCGUGUCGAUGGGCUUGCCGAGGCUGGGCAUGGCGGGGGGCUGCCGCUGAGCCCCGCACCCCGGCCUCGGCCAGCAGCCAUGGAGGAAGGCGAGGGGCAGGGGACACAGCCAGAGUCCGGCCAACACGGUGCCGCGGGAGAGGGGCUGCAGGUGAAUGCCUCCCCGUGCCAAGAGCUGCCUGCUGAAACCCAACAGGUCCCACUUAGCAUUUACCUGAAGGAGAACAUGGCAUCGGCCACCACCAACGGCGUGCAGGAACAGGCAGCCAGCGGGAUGGAGAGCAGGGUAGGGGGGCUCGGGGAUGUAGGAGCCCCUGUGGAGCCAAACGCAGCGGCUCUCACCCCGCUGCAGAGCCCUGAGGAGAGGAAGAACAGCGAAGUGCCCAGCGAAGUGCCUGGCAAGGCACCCGAUGUGCCGGUGGGGACCACCACGGGAACAGCUUCCCCAGCCAGCCAGCAGAAUGGGGUGCAGGGCCGGCAAUACUAUGAGGUUCAUCUCACCCUGGCCAAGCCCAAGCCUGUGAAGAACCGAACGGCCAGACCCUUUGGCAUUCAGGCGUCCCCCACCAGCAGCCAGCCGACGGAGGGACCUCCUACUGCUGAGCUGCCCCCACCACCCACCUAUGCGGAGACCCUGAGCAGCCCUCCGCCUCUCACCCGUGUCCGCUCGCCCCCCGCCUACUCGGCUCUGUACCCUCCCCGGGAGCAGAAGAUGAUGCCGGGUCCUGCCUUGAGCUGCGGCGUGAGCGGACCGAACCCUCUCCCCAAAACGGGGAUCCUGGAGGAGUCGGCUGCCCGGAGAGCUGGCAAAAAGUCCAUGUUCACCUUUGUUGAGAAACCGAAGCUGGGCCCCAACCCCGAUCUUCUGGACCUGGUCCAGAGCGCGGACAACAGGAAGAAGCAGAAGGAGCAGGGGGAGGCUGGUGCCGAGGACGAGCCCUUUGCCCUUGGGGCUGAAGCUGCUAACUUUGUCCCCAACAACACGGCCAGGGGUGGGCAGCACCUUCCACCAGCCAAUGAUGCUCCAGCAUGGUCCUCCUGCCUCAAAUCUCCCACUAUCCAGCCCAAGCCAAAGCCUCAGCCCAGCCACAACCUCAGCGAAGCGAGAGGGAAGGGGGCUGAGCUCUUUGCCCGCCGGCAGUCCAGGAUGGAGAAGUUCAUCAUCGAGGCUCCCUCCCAGCCUGAGCUGCUGCGGUCCCCAUCACCCACCAUGUCCUUGCCUCCUUCCUGGAAGUACGAUGCCAAUGCUUGCCUGUCACCCAUGGUCUCCAGACACCCAUCCAAGAGUCCUUCUAGGCCCUCCAAAACCCCUCCAGCCUCUCUGUAUGGUGGCAACCUGAUGGAGAAUGAGGUCUCCCAGAAGGAGCUGGAGAUCUCCAAGCACCAGCCCUACCAGCUCCAAUCUUCGCUUUUCGUCCUCUCCCCAUCCAAGGGGCCGGCAAGGUCCAUGCCCCAGGAGGUGCCUCCACCCAGACCCUCUCUUCCUGAUGCCUACCCCUAUCCCCAGCAAACCUCCUGCCCGACCUCUCCGCUGCCUCCUUCUCCUGUUUGGCAUCCCGCUGUGGUGCCCAGCGCCGGCCAGACCACCUCCAGCCCUGUCUCAAGCACCACCGGGGCUCUGCCCCUGACUCACGGCAGCCGUGCCAGUCCCGGAGCCCCGACCGAGGUGCUGCUGGCGUCCCCGUGCCGCCUGCUGCCGCCCCGAGCCAAGGGGGGCUUCCAGGCACCCCGGCCCUCCUACUCCACCAGGAAUGCCGGCAUCGAGCCGCAGGAAAGGCGGUCAUCGCUGCCCGCCUCCCCCACCUGGACGCCGCGGCUGGCGAGGCGCCCGGGCAGCCUGGACGGCUGGGCCAGCCCGGCCUCGGUGCUCGAGCUGGAUGAGGGACCCCCAGUGUCCCCUCCAUGGAGCGAGAGGUCCCUGUCCCCGCUGCGGCAGGACGCUGACCCCCGAGCCAGCCGGCAGAUGCAAGCACGGCUCGCCAGGAACAUCAUCAACGCUGCCCGGAGGAAAAGCUCCUCUCCCAAAGCGGUGGGGCUGGAGGGCUCCCGGCCGUUCACCCCCAUCCCCGCCAGCCCCCCCAGUCUGCCCCAGUCCCCUCGGCUGGCACGGCCAGAGGGCUCCAGAGCCCCGGCACCGCCGGCUGCCAGCGGGGUGCUGGGGAGCCUGGGCAGCCCCUCGCCCACCCACAAAAGCCCCCUGCGAUCACCCCGGGCUGACGGCCCCCAGUUUUGUGCCUCCCCUGGGAUGCUCCGAGCCACUUGGGCAGAAGGUCGCCAGCUCCUGCUGCCACCCAGCCUGUCCUCCUGCCCUGUCCCCGGGCUGUCCCCCAGCCCUAAGAGCCCCCUGCCAUCCCCCGUCGUGGGCAAGCGAUCCUCGGCCAAGCGCUGCACCUCCCGGUCCCCGACAGACUCGGACGUCUCCCUCGACUCCGAAGACUCGGGGGCCAAGAGCCCGGGCAUCCACAGCUUCAACCUGUGCCCGCGGGGCUGGACCGGCAGCCUGCGGAUGAAGCCGGGGGGGCUGCCCUCGGGGGCCCCCUGUACCUCCUAGACCUGCCAGGCCACCCUGUCCCCAGCCCUGCCAGCCUGAGAGAUGCCACCCGUUGACUCCCCAAGCGGGAACGCCCCAACGCCUGAGCUGUGGUUCCCAAAAUCCAUUUUCCCCGCUCCCUGGUGGAGCUGCUGCGGCCCCUUGGCAUGCCGGUGGGGUCAGGUGCCUCCUUGCCUGUCCACCAUCCCAUGGCCCCGCUCUAUUUUUACCACCCUAACCUUUCGGGCAGGACUGCCUGGUCAGCAGCAGCAGAGGGGAGGCAGCCCCCAGCACUGCCCCCUCCCUCCGCAGCCCCUGCCCCAUGGAGAAGGGAUGGGGAUGAGCUCGGUGGUCCCCUGCGAGCCCCCUGUCCCCAGCGCUGGGUGUCACAGAGCCCAGCACCCCCCAGCUCUGCUUCCCCGGGCGGCACAGCCGGUGCUGCUGCCUGUGGGGACACGGGGGUGGGCAGUGCCAAGUGGGUGUUGUGGCCAGGGACCCUCUCCCACCCUCUUCCAGCCUCCAGAUCUGGCUGGUUUCAAUUGAAACCAGAUUUUGAGGAGGAAAAGUUCAUUUUUAAUUCCAGCCCCGCCCCCCCUUCCCCAUUCUUCAUGGCUUUUUUUAUUAUUAUAUUUUCCUCUUUUGAUCCCUUCUUAAAGAAAUUCCCCCAAAAUCCUUCCCUGGUGACCAAAAAAAAAGAGCCAAAGUUAUUUAUUUCCAUGUCAAGGGGACCAUUUACAGGUGCCCUUCCACCCCACCCAGGUGAAGAGAGGGACAGCCCCAUCCCAAACCCUGUCCCCAUCCCCAGGCUCAUCCGGUCCCUGACCCAUCACCCCCGGGAUGGAGGGGCACUGGGGGACCAGCGGGUGCUGGGGCAUCCACGGUGGGCAGGAGGAGGGGGGUGAAGGAAGCAGUACAGGUUGCAGAAGGUUUGAAGGAGGUGUUGGUGCAGGAGGCGAUGCUGAGUGUCUUGGGGACAGGCUGGUGUCCCCAUGGGGACCUGCAAAGGGCCGGUGCCCUGCAAGGGACUGGGGGGCAGACACUCCACCCUGAGGACAGCAGUAUUUGGGGGAGGCUCAGGGGGUGAUGAGAGGAGGGAUGGACACACUUAUGUGGCAGAGCCUGGGGAGAGCAGUGGGUGCGUAGGAGGGCAAUGGGCCCCCAAAGUCCUUGUCCCCACCCACAGAUGAGUAGGAGUUGGUUGGAUGCCAGGAGAUGCCACGGCAGUGACCACAGCCCAGGGGAUGCAGGCUUGAUGCUGGUAAGACCAGCAAUGAGGAAGGAGGAUGCAUUGCGGUGUCAGGGUUCAGGGAGGUCCUGCCACCCCUUCCCUUUCCCCAUGACACGCUGCCUGAGCCAGCCCAGCCCUUCCCCUGGGAUCCCCCUGCCCCACAGCCUGCCCUUCUAAGGACACAGCCCCCCUUGCUCACCAGCCACCAGCACGCGCCUCCACCACACAGUUGUGUAUCCAGCUCAGAAAUAAACUGCCGUUAUCACACUUGACCUGGCCUGCCUGGC